UGGAAGUGAGAAGGGAAAUGUGGGCAUGGAAGUAUCAAGAUUAAGCAAUCGUUCAGCAGGCUGUGAAAUUGACCACAGGAAGCCGGGACUCCCGUGCGCCUGGUCUGACCGCGGCCAGCAGGUGCAGACAGUACCGUUUAGGGAGGCGGCCAACUUGAAGGCGGAAUUCUAUUUAAACAUGGAAAGUCUUCAGAACAGCGUGAAAAAGAAAGCGACUGAAAGGCAUUAUAAAGCUGAAGUACUAAUUACAGGCGAGCAAUUAAGGCUUCGCCUGCAUGAUGGAAAAUUAAUCAAAGACCGUCGUUAUAAUCUACGAACCUAUCCAAACUGCUUUGUUGCAAAAGAGUUAACUGAUUGGUUGAUAGACCAUAAAGAAGCUCCUGACAGGGAAACAGCCAUAAAGCUAAUGCAAAAGUUAAUGGAUCACAACAUCAUUCAUCAUGUUUGUGAUGGAUAUUCAGAGUUCAAGGAUGCAAAACUUCUCUACAGAUUCCGUAAAGAUGAUGGAACAUUUCCCUUAAGUAAGGAGGUGAAGGUGUUCAUGAGAGGUCAGAGCUUGUAUGAAAAGCUUAUUAAUUCUGAGAAUACAAUUAUGAAAUUGCAAGAGGAAAAUGGAAUAAAGUACCAACGUAGUGUUUCUGGCUGCGAAAUCAUUGACUGGCUGAUAAAAGAAGGGGAAGCUUCUUCAAGGAAAGAAGCAGUGGAGCUUUGCCGGCGAGAACUUGAACAUGGAAUCAUUCAACAUGUCUCGAAUCGCCACCACUUUUUUGACAGUAACUUGCUCUACCAGUUCCGCAUAAACUUUCGUCGAAGACGGCGACUGACUGAGCUCUUAAAUGAAAGCUCGCGGAUGGCACAAGAAUCCCAUGACAGUCCUUUCUGCCUGCGAAAGCUGAACCCGGAACAGGACGGCUCCAGUUUUCUCUCAGUGCAAACCAAUAAAGAAAUAAAGGUGGUAUCAGCAGUGCGUCGGAGCAGUAUUACCUCUGCCGUCACAGGAACUACAGCCUUCUACAACACAACUCCAAGUCUUGCCUGUGUGUCUUCAGUGGAAUGUAACCCCAAAUCAGUGUUGAAGAGACCAGUCACUAAUGAAGAACUCCUGUCACCGGGAGCGCCUUACUUAAAGAAAACAUUAACAAUUGUGGGUGAUGCAGUGGGAUGGGGUUUUGUGGUGCGAGGAGGAAGGCCAUGUUACAUCCAAGCUGUGGAUCCAGGAGGGCCGGCUGCAGCAGCUGGAAUAAAGGUCAGACAGUUUGUCGUUUCCGUGAACAGUAUGCAUGUAAUGCAAUUGGACUACAAAACCGUCAGCAACAUAAUCAUGACAGGACCUCGCACACUGGUGAUGGAAGUUAUGGAAAUGAUUGAAUGAUGUGUGCUUUGUUCAAAAAGUCAGUUGUAGACUACUAUAUAUUGAUUUUUGAGAAUAUAUAGUUUCAAACACACUUGCCUAGAAAUCAGUGCUGAAGAUCUUGGCCAGCAAAACUUAAGUUAUCAUUUAAUUUAAUUCCAUUCAAGUAUGUUAAUAUUUGUCCCCUGUUAACUUUAACUGUAAUUUCUAUGUUGAAAAUCAAUGGUGGGAAAACUUUUUAUCUACAUCAAUUCUGUUUUUGAUGUAUGUUUAUAAUUUUUGUUUGCUCACCGUAAUUGUGAAGCAUGGAUUAUAGCAAAAACUACUGUUAGUAGGUAUUACGAAUUUUCUUCAAAUUGUAUAAGGUUAAUUUGUAAAAUUUGCAGAUCCAAUUAAGCGUAUUUGUAUAAACUGAGCUAUUUUACUGGCAUCCACUAUAACCUUUAUUGGAAUGUGACACUCAACAAGAAGUAAAGACUUCCUCUCUCUCCUACCCCGUUGCAACGAUGUUGGAGCCCAGCCAGAUCGGAAGCUCCAAGGUCACUAUGCCCUACUACAAAGAAAAAGUGGCUCUGUUCCAAGUUUUCAAGUCACCACAGAAAACAAUCCAUGCUUAUUUGAGCAAGGAGCUGACAGAAUUUAGUUUUAACCCAUUUCAUUCAAAAUCGGGAAGUUGUUUUUUCUUCCUCUCAUGAUGUUAUAUGCUUAAUUCCCAACUUUUUGAUCUAGAACAAGAAAAUGCAACAAAAAAACUUGUUUUAGGUACCCGUUCCUUCAUUUUCCAAUUUGAUGAUCUAACUAAUCAGAGGCAGUUGUACAUUUUCAAUGAAGUCUUCAUUUCACAGGCACACAAUUCAGAACCCUUAUUUGUAUUUCCAUCCUUGAUAUCUUUGGGAUGAAAAGAAAAAUUAUUAUGUUGCCAAGAUCAUUCUCAUUUUCUCACUACACUGAGUAAAGUAUUUCAAGUGUGGUCUUAAAAGUGUAAAGAAAGAUUGACCUUUGAUUUUAUAUAGAGGCAUUAUCACCUCUAGUUCAAUUCCUUGAUUUGCAGGUGUGAGAGGAAGAUCUUUGCAUACCCUCCUUAAGCAACGAUUUGUGUAUGUAGUUGGGAUUUUGUCCCUCUGGGUCUUAACUGAUAUCUGCAGCUCGGCGGAUAGGUAUCAAGUUCAACAAGGUUUUAGAUGCACCUGGUAGAGUGAUGGCAAAUUAAUGGAUUUGCUACAGAAACCCAACUGGAACAAGUGUGCAAUGGGACAUGAUACUAGAGUCCAUCUAUUUUCAUUGCCAGACUUCAUUUCAACAUAUGAAUCCUGAAUCCUGACUCCUGACUAAAUAACCCAGGAAGUUUAUCCCUUUCAGAGCAAAACGUCUGGUGAAUUUCCAGGUGUCCUAAGGGAUAAGGAGAACAAAUGCCUGCUGGUUCAGUCCUUUAGGCUGAAGGAGGCAGGUAACUGGGUGACUGUCAGGAGAAGGAAGGGAAAUGGGCAGAGUAACCCUGUGGCUAUUUCCCUCAAUAAUAAGUACUGUGCACCACUUUGGAUAGUGUUGAGAGGGUCACCCUACUGGGGGGAGCUGCAGUGACCAGGCCUCUGACUCUGUGGCUCAGAAAAGAACAGAAGUGAAGAUGAAUGCAGUGGUGAUAUAAAAUUCCAUAGUCAGAGGAAUAGAGUCGAGGUUCUGUGGGUGUGAUAGAGACACCCGAAUGGUAUGUUGUCUCCCAGGUGCCAGGGUCAGGGAUGUCUCAGAUUGGGUUCAUCACAUUCUAAAGGGAGAGGAUGAACAGCCAAAUGUCUUGGUACAGUCACCUAGAUAGGAAAGGUGAAGAGGUCCUGAAGAUGGAUUUUAGGAAGCAAGGUAGAUAGCUGACAAACAGGACCUCCAAGGUAGUAAUCUCUGGAUUAUUGUUCGUGCCAAGCUCCAGUGAAGGCAGGAAUAGGAUGACUUGGCAAAUGAAUGUGUGGCUGAGGAACUGGUGUAGGUAGCAGGAGUUCAGAUUUAUGGAUCAAUGGGGUCUCUUUUGGUGAGUGUAUAACCUGCAAAAAAGGGGCAGGUUACACCUGAACCUGAGAGGGACAAGUAUCCUUGUGGACAGGUUUACUAGAGCUGUUUGGGAGAGUUUGAAUUAAUUUGGCAGAGGGAUGGGAACUGGAGUGAUGGGCUUUAGAUGGGGUAUUUGGUUUACAAAUAGAGGCAGUGUGUAGUGAGACUGCUAGCAAGGAAAGGUUGAUGGUAAGGCAGAAUUGCAGUCAACGGGAUGAGUUGCAAUGUAAAAGGGGAACAAAAUCUAAAAGGGUAAAUACAGGACUGAAGGUAUACUUGAAUGCAGGUAGAUGAUCAUGCAGCAUGGUGGGAAAUUGGCAUGUAUGGCCAUCAGAAAGCUGUGGCUGAAAGAAGAUUAUAGCUGGAAGCUUAACAUCCAAGGUUACAUAUUGUAUUGAAAGGACAGACAGGUAGGCCAAGGGGGUGGGUGUCUCUGUUGGUCAAAAAUGAAAUCAAAUCAUUAGAGAGAAGUGACAUACGGUCAGAAGGUGUUGAAUCAUUGUGGGUAGAGCUAAGGAACUGCAAGUGUAAAAAUACCCUAAUGGGAGUUGUAUGCAGACCCCAAACAGUAGUAUAGAUGUGGUCUACAAUUUACAAUGGAAGAUCAAAAAUGCAUGUCAAAGGGGCAAUAUAUUAAGCAGCUUGUCGUGUUUGAGCCCACUAGCUAUUCUGGACUGGGUGUUGUGCAAUGAACUAGAAUUGAUUAGAGAGCUUAAGGUAAAGGAACCCUUAGGAGACAAUCAUCAUAAUAUAAAGAAUUCACUUUGAGAAGAAUAAGCUACAGUCAGAUGUAUCAGUAUUCCAGUGGUGUAAAGGGAGUUAGAGAGGCAUGAGAGAGGAGCUGGCCAAAAAAUGAUUGGAAGCACACACUAGCAGGGAUGAUAGCAGAGCAGCAAUGGCUGCAAUUUCUGGUAGCAAUUCAGAAGGCGCAAGAUAGAUACAUCCCAAAGAAGAAGUAGUAUUCUAAAGGCAGGAUGAUGCAACUGUGGCUGACAAUAGAAGUCAAAGUCAACACAAAACCCAAAGAGAGAGUAUAUAAUAGAGCAAAAUGUAACGUGAAGUUAAAGGCUUGAGAAGCUAUUAGAAACCAACAGAAGACAUCGAAAGAAGCCAUAAAAAACAAAAAGAUAUGAAGGUAAGCUAGUUAGUAGUAUUAAAGAGGAUUCCAAAAGUUUCUCCUUGUAUUUUAAGUGUAAAAGAGAGGAGAGUAGGUAUCGGACUGCUGGAAUAUGAUGCUGGAAUUGUAGUAACAGGGGACAGGGAAAUAGUGAAUGAGCUGAGUGAGUAUUUUACAUCAGUAUUCACUGUGGAAGACAAGCAGUAUGCCAGAAGUUGGAGAGUGUCAGGGGGUAAAAAUAUGUGAAGAUGCCAUUACUGGGGAGAAGGUUCUUGGGAAAGUGAAAGGUUUGAAGGUAGAUAAAUCACCUAGACCAGAUGUUCUACACCCUAGUGUUCUGAAAGUGGUAGUUGAAGAGAUUGUGGAAACAUUAGUAAUGAUCUUUCAAGAAUCAAACGAUUCUGGCAUGGUUCUGGAGGACUGGAAAAUUGCAGACAUCACUCCACACUUCAAGAACGGAGAGAGACAGAAGAAAUGAAAUUAUAGGCCAAUUAGUCUGACCUCAGUGGUUGGGAGGAUGCUGAAGUCAAUUGUUAAGGAUAUGGUUUUGGGCUACUUGGAAGCAUGCGAUAAAACAGGCUGUAGUCAGCAUAGCUUCCUUAAAAGGGAAAUCUUCCCUGAUAAACUUGUGGAAAUCUUUGAAGAAAUAACAAGCAGAAUAGACAAAGGAUAAUAGUUGAUGUUGUGUACUUGGAUUUUCAGAAAGCCUUUGACAAGUUGCCACACAUGAGUCUGCUUAACAAGUUAAGAACCCAUGGUAUUAUCAGAAAGAUACUGGCAUGGCUAGAGCAUCAACUGAUUGGCAAGUGGCGAAGAGUAGGACUAAAGGGAGCCUUUUCUGAUUGGUUGCCAGUUACUGGUGGUGGUCCACAGGGGUCUGCAUUGGGAUUGCUUUUUUUUACAGUAUAUGUCAAUGAUUUAGAUGAAGGAAUUGAUUACUUUGUAGCCAUGUUUGUGGAGGGUAACAAAAUAGGUGAAGGGGCAGGAAGUGUAAAGAAAGUAGAGAGGCUACAGAAGGACGUAGACAGACUGGAAGAAAGGACAAUGAAGUGGCAGAUGGAAUACAACAUCGGGAAGUGUAUGGUCAUAUGAAAUGCAAAUAAGACAAGUUAUUAUGAGCCCACCAAUCCACUACUUAUUCAACUAAACACUUUAAAAUUCAGAGAUUUCGUAGAUUUUAAAAUAAUAGAAAUUAUGUAUAAAGUAAAAAAUUGUCAGUUACCACAAAGUAUCCAAAGGUUGUUUACAAUGAGAGAAAAUCAACAUGAUUUGAGAGGAACAUGUAUAUUUCAAAAAUAAAGGAUAAGAACAAAUGUAAAAAAUCAUUGUAUUUCAGUCAGAGGGGUGAAUUUAAUCUAUGGAACAGUUGUAGUGAGAACUUAAAAACAUGCACUACCCUUAAGUUUAAAAAUUAGUUAAAAAUAAUUUAAUUAACAAAAAUAAAAUACAUGAUUUAAAAUAAAUUGGAGUAAUGUAAAUAAAUGAUACUUGAAAUUGGAUUUUGUGUAAAAGAUUAUGAAAUUUUUGUUUUGAUGUGAUAAUUGACGCAAAACAUGUUGUUGUAUAAGUAAGAGGGGUAGGCGUAAUAAGCUGUAGCUUCGGCCUACACCCUUUCGGUCUGUUUUAAAGAAUAUCUAUGCUUUUUUUGUUGUAAUUUUGUGCUAUGAAAUCAUCGUUGAAAAUGAUGCUGUUUGUUAUGUUUGUACUGACCAAAAUAAAUUUCAUUCAUUUAUUAAUUCAAAAAAAGUAUAUGUUCAUGCGGUUUGGCAGAAGAAAUAAAAGCAUAGGCUAUUUUCUAAAUGGAGAGAAAAUUCAAAAAUCUGAGAUGCAAAGAGACUUGGGAGUUCUCCUGCAGGAUUCCCUUAAUGUUAAUUUCCAAGUUGAGUUAUUGGUGAGGAAGGGAAAUUCAAUGUUAGCAUUCAUUUUGAGAGGACAAGAAUAUAAAAGUAAGGAUGUAAAUUUGAGGCUUUAUAAAGCACUAGUGAGGCUUGAAGUAUUGUGAGCAAUUUUGGGUUGUAUAAAGGAUGUACUGAUAUUUGAGAGGGUUCAAAGGAGGCUCAGAAAAAUGAUUCCAGGUUUGAAAAGCUUGUCAUAUGAGGAGUGUUUGAUGGCUCUGGGCCUUUACUAACUGGAAUUCUGAAGAAUGAGGGGGGACCUCAUUGAAACCUAUUGAAUGUUGAAGGGUGUAAAUAAAGCGUUUGUGGGGAGGAUGUUUCCUAUGGUGGGGGAGUCUAAGACUAGGGGACACAGCCUCAGAACAGAGGGAAGUCCAUUUAGAAUAGAGAUGAGUAAUUUCUUUGGCCAGAGAGUGGUAAUUUGUGAAAUGUGUUGCCAAUGGCAGCUGUGGAGGCCAAGUCAUAGGGUAUAUUUAAAGCAGAGGUCAAUAGAUUAGUCAGGACAUGAAGGGAUACAGGGAGAAGGCAGGGGACUGAAGAUGAGAGAGAGAAAUGGAUCAACAAUGAUGCAAUGGCUGAACUAAAUGGGCCAAAUAAUUCUGCUCCUUUAUCUUAUGGUUUUGGGGUAAUGGGAGGAAAGCCAUAGCUCCUCCUGUCACAUGCAAAUCUCACAAAUUUUGGACCAAUGCCUCUAUGACCAAAGGCUCCUUCUCAGAGACAGAACCAAGCAGAAAACCUUGCAGAAAGUUGUGAACUUACUGAUAUCAUGUUUAGUGAUGCCCUCAACAGUCUUCACCAAUUAACAUGAAGAAAUACCAUGAAGAGGAAUUGGAUUUUCUAGUUCAAGCAGAGCUGGGAAUUAAGCAAUGAUCAACUUUAGUCAUUAAAAUUGUAUAUGUUGCAGAGUUGCUUAGUGUUGGGUGCAUAUAAUAUUGCUUCAAUUUUAAUCUCUAGUUUGUCCUUUUUAUUUAAAUAUUAAAAUAAAACAACAAUGCUUCUAUUUGAGUAUUCUUUUUCAUUGUAAAUUAAUUAAAAAUAAAAUCUGUGAUUCUUUGCCAACAUGAAGGUGAAUUCAAUCAAACCCAUUAUUUGCUUGAAAGACUAUCAAUAUUCAUGGUCUAUAAUCAAGUUGUUAUUUAUGUUCUCUAGUGAGAGGGUAUUGUAAAUUGUCUGAACCUGUUGUAACAUACUGACCUCUCAGUUCUAAAUGAUUUACUUUGUUUGUUGCAGUUCUGCAAAAUGCUUGAAUUAUUCUUUGUGAUAACUGUUAUAACUUUAUAAGGCCAAAGGAUGGUGCUGUGAACAAGUAACUUACCCACCUGAAAUAAGAUUGAAAGGCUUUGACUGCAAUUUUGUCCUUCUGUAUUAAUCACUGUUUCAAAUUGCACACAUUUUAAUUGUGCUUCUUUGGUGAAUGAGAGUUCCAGAUAGAGAUCAGCCAAUAAUAAAAAAAAUAUGUUAAUCAAUGUAAAACCAGCACUAGAAUUUAUCCAGAGGACCUAUCCAUUUAUAACACAGUUGGUUACCAAAGCUUCAAUUUCAAAUGAGUAAUAAAUAUUUAAAUAGAAAAUGACGUGUGCACACAGUAAAAGUUAUUACUUGCAAGGUUUUCCAAAUAAUUUUAAAUGCAUCUAUAAAUCAUAUUUGCAAAAUGAUCAAUUUGAAAUAAUUAUUAGUUAUUAAUUGUUAACACUGCACAACAUUUCUGUCUUUCCUAAAUGAACAUGUAUAAAGUCAAAAGCUAAUAAUACAAUAUUAAUGAAGAAUAUUAAUCAGCACCUCAAACGCAGGCUAAGGCAGUGGGUCUGGUCAGGCUCAGCUGGAACUACAUGAGGAAACCUAGUCUAUUUCUCCCAGGACCUCCUGGAUUUUCAGUAAUUAAUAAAAAUAAUAAAAGCCGAGUUAAAGAAACUUUCCACAACACAAGUACUUGUUUUAAGGAAUUAACUAAUUUGGUUCCUACUUAUUCAACAAUGAUAAAUGUGAGGGUUUGCAGCUAAACAGAAUAUUUCAAAAAAUUAACAGGGAAAUCCUGAUUUUAAUUAAUCAAAAUUUCAAGAGACAUGAAAUUAAGACAAAUUUUGAGUAUGAAAUGCAUAAAUCUUGAUGUUUGAUACAAGAUGGUUUCUCUGCUCACACAGUGAGAGGGGAGGUGACCCCCAAGGAGCUCUCACUUGUGGUUGGAAGUGCCCUGAUUGCCACCUGUGACCCCACUGGAGACGGUGGCAGCUGGGAAGUUUGGCUGGGGCUGGACAGGAAUCAUAAGGCAAGCUCAAGCAGGAUGGAAACCUCCUUGAAGCAGAAUGUCAAAAGCUCACUUGAUCUUGAUUUUCAGUGUGAAUGUAGUUCAUGAAUGUGGAACGUCAUUAUAAGAGGGGAAACAUCAGGUGUGACAAUUUUAGUUUUAAGUACAUUAACUGCAGAUUUUUAACUCUGUCACCUUGAGUUGUAUUUAUGAGAAUGAAGUCGAUUUUAGUUCCACGGAAAGAAGACAGGAAUAAAGCAGUGUAAAAGAAUCAAUUGACUUUCAUUGCAAUGCUCCCCAAGGUGUGCAGGUAUUUUUUAAAAGCAAGACCUAAAUUGGUAGCUGAAAUACACAGGUAAGGUAACUAGUUUUUAAAAUGCAUUACAAACAUGCUGUAUAGUUUUGUUCAUCUAAGGUAUAUAAGAAACCUAACAAACAGCCUGCAUGUCGAGGAUAAUUUUAUAAUGAAUAAUGCCUAGCUUAUUUUGAAUAAUGUUCUCACAGCUGAUCUAACACUGUCAUCUUCAGAAUAUCUAUUCUUCCAUUAAUUAU